GUACAUUACCCGCCUACCACUUUUCAACAAGCGAAGAAGAUGCAGAGCGGAAGUUACGACUGAUGUUGUCAUGGCGUCUCGCAUGUAAAUCACCGAGCUCCAGAUAUUGAAUAAAACCUGUUUUAAGGUGAUUUGAAGGUUAAAUUAAGUUAAUAACUGGCUCUCCGACUCCAAAGACCAAAAGAUGAGCACUCAAUACAGCAUUCUUUUCAAGCAAGAACAUGCGCACGAUGAUGCGAUCUGGACAGCGGCGUGGGGGAAGAGCGAGGCGGAUGGGUCCGAUACGAUUAUCACCGGCUCUCUGGAUGAUAUGGUGAAAGUCUGGAAGUGGUCUGAUGAGAAGCUGGAGCUGCAGUGGUCUCUGGAGGGCCACCAGCUGGGCGUGGUGUCAGUGGACAUCAGUCACAACGGAGCCAUCGCCGCCUCCAGCUCCCUCGAUGCCCACAUCCGUCUCUGGGACCUGGAGUCCGGAAAACAGAUCAAGUCCAUGGACGCUGGACCAGUUGACGCAUGGUCGGUCGCCUUCUCCCCAGACUCUAAAUACAUUGCCACAGGAAGCCACCACGGCAAGGUCAACAUCUUCGGCGUGGAAAGUGGCAAGAAGGAACAUUCUCUGGACACUCGAGGGAAAUUCAUCCUGAGUAUAGCUUACAGUCCUGAUGGAAAACAUCUGGCCAGCGGAGCCAUCGAUGGGAUCAUCAACAUCUUUGACAUCGCCACUGGAAAGCUGCUCCAUACGCUGGAAGGUCACGCCAUGCCCAUCAGAUCCCUCACCUUCUCCCCCGACUCCCAGCUGCUGGUCACCGCCUCCGACGACGGAUACAUCAAGAUAUAUGACGUGCAACAUGCAAACCUGGCCGGCACGCUGAGUGGACACGCCUCCUGGGUUCUCAACGUCGCCUUUUCUCCAGACAACACACACUUUGUCUCCAGCUCGUCUGAUAAGAGUGUGAAGGUCUGGGACGCCGGCUCCAGAGCGUGCAUCAACACUUUCUUCGACCAUCAGGACCAGGUGUGGAGUGUGAAGUACAACAGCACCGGCUCAAAGAUCAUCUCAGCCGGCGACGACCGCUCCAUCCACAUCUACGACUGUCCCAUGUGAGGGGCGUCCUGUACAGGAGGGUGGCUGCAGAGAGGUUUAUUCACAUCCUGGAGGGAGGAGGGGGGAGGCUGUAAAUGUGUUAGGGUUUUGCACUGGCCCACUGCGGCCAAUAAAAGGGUUUCUUUUGUA